AUGUCAAACAAAUACAAUGUCCUGGUGGAUAUGGAAGAGGCUGCCUAUUCACAGCCUGCUACUAUUGAAAGCGAUGGACUUGAGUUUCAAGACUUCUCCAGUAAUCAAAACAUGAACAAGUCUUCCUACAAUACACCUUUACCAGGAGCUACAACAGCUACAACAGCAACAGCAAAUAACGCGGGUUUCUUUGAUACACCUACCAGUCAAUCUAAUGUUGGCAAGCCUAUUUGGUCUGUUGAAUAUUAUGCACAGUUCUUCGAUGUCAAUACUUCGCAAGUGAUAGAGAGAUGCCUCAAGUCCAUGUAUCCAGUAGGCGAUUUUGCACAUGAUACACUCAACAACAACCCUGAUCUUUACGGUCCAUUUUGGAUUGCUACUUCAGUCGUUUUCUCUGUCUUUGUCUGUUCAUCACUUGCAGGUUCUUUGGCUGCUUAUAUGUCAGGCAAACCUUAUGUCUAUGACUUUACCUUGUUGAGCUUUGCUGUUGUUGUUGUCUAUAUAUAUGCAUUCUUGUGUCCUACUUUAGUUUGGGCAUCCACAAAGUAUUUUGGAUGUCAACCUAGUUUAUUAGAAAUCAUCAAUUAUUAUGGUUAUGGUUUGACUAUCUGGAUUCCAGUCUCUUUGUUGUGUAUCAUACCUUUUGAUUAUGCAAGAUGGGGUUUUGUAGGUGUUGCAUUUAUAGUUACUACUGUCUUUUUAGUGAAGAAUCUCUAUAUCGUCAUCUCAAGGGCAGAAGCAAAGACGUCUCGUAUUAUUUUACUAGCUAUUCUAUUAGCCCAUAUGAUCUUUACUCUCGUACUCAAAAUGGCUUUUUAUCGUUAUGAUAUUACGCUUCUUCCUGCAGAUCCUCCUGUGUUCAAGUCAAGGAGACAACAGAAACUAUGGGAAAAAGAAAAGAAACAGAUUGAAGCAAGAAAAAUCAAAAGUUAUGUAAACCAAGCACCAUUUCGUUAUGUAGAAAGAAACUUCAAAUCAAGAGUAACACCACCUGAUUUCACGCAUGUCAUUGAUUUUGAACAUCUCGAUAGAAACACACAAGAAAACAAUGAGACUAUUGUCAAGGUACAACUGACAGAUGAUCUCAAGAACCUGUCUCAUCUGUUUGGUGAUCGAGAGGAUACACCUGCUUGUCGAGACGCUUAUAUUCUCAAACAUAUACCUGGACUUAUUAUUAUUCCUCAUGCAUUUACACCAAAAGCACAACGGCAUCUAAUCAAACAAUGCUUGUCUGUUUAUCCUCAGCCUCCUAAUACAUCUAAUUUGGAUACACAUUAUAUCAUACCAAAGACUGGUAUUUGGCCCUUAUAUGAAGCACAAGAACAGGGUCUAUUAAAAGCACCUGAUUUUUAUGUUCCUAAAAAGACGCAAGUGGGUGAUUCAGCUGGUUAUUCAGACUCAGAUUCAGAAGAAGACCAAGCAAUGCCUACUGCUUGUUCAGAUCAAUUUAAGCCUGUGAUAGAUCAAGAAAAACCUGAUCCUCCACCAGCUCCAGGUGUACCCUUAUUACCACCCAAUGAACUCGUACGCAAGUUGCGUUGGGUGACAUUAGGCUAUCAGUACCAUUGGCCUACAAAAACAUAUCAUCUUGAUCGUCAAUAUCCUUUCCCCAAUGACGUGUCUGAACUAACAAAGGCUGUUGUUACUGCUAUUGAGAACAUUGGUUAUCAAAGCGAGAAUGAGCACACCUCAUGGCUUAACCAAUACAAGGGAGAAGAUUUUAAAGCUGAAGCUGGUGUUGUGAAUUAUUACCAAUAUAGAGAUACCUUAAUGGGACAUGUAGAUCGAAGCGAAUUAAACAUGGAAGCACCUUUAGUCUCCUUAAGGUGGGUUAACAAGAGACACUGUACCAACACCUUUGUUGCUUCGAAGUGGUGA